UUGAUGCAUAUUCAAAAUAUUUUCGUUGGCAAGUAUUGAUAGCCAUACGUUUGAUGUUACUCUAACCGUGGUAGAUGUUGCCAACGGAAGUUACAGAUCUGAAUCUGUCAAGAGCGAUACAUGAUGGAAAUUACGGGAUGGAUAGCAUGUUCAUUUUUUGCACUUUUAAAUUUCGCGGAAGUAUUUGGGAAUACCGAAACAUAUGAAUUUGGAAAGAAAUGCUCGGUGUUCUGGAAAUACUUGGAUGAGAAUGAUAGGAUUUACGUUGACUACAAUGGAAAAGACGUUACAAGUCACUGUGGUGACUACUCCUUCAAAGGAAAAGGAAAUGAAAUAUUAGAUGAAUAUGAAGUCUGCAUUACUCCUGUUACUUUUACUGAUCCAAACUGUGCCGUACGAUUAGAUUAUGAAACUUCACCUGGCGGCAGCACGUUACAGAGUGUAACCUGUACAGAAAAUAAAAACAAGAAAUACUGCGGCCCUCAGGACGAACCUCUCUAUAUAGUUUUUAAGAAACGUAACACAAAAGACACAUCAAAUGCCAAAUUUAAGCUGCUUAUCACAACCAACAAAGUUUUUGAUUAUGGCGUUUUCGUUGGAUCUAUUGCCGGUGGAGUAAUCGGUGGUAUUGUUUUGAUCUCUAUGCUGACUGGACUUGUUUGUUGGUGUGUGUGUAAGAGAAAGCCCACGCAAGGACAGGUGUUAAAUCCAGGUCAGGGAAAUCAGACUUCAGUGGCAGCGUAUUCAGCACAACCAACGGCGGAUAACAAUGUUACCCUCUAUCCGACAGCAAACUAUGCAACACAAUAUUCAACAGGGUAUACUACACAACCUCCUCUCCAAUCCCAGCUGGCAAGUCAAUGGCAACCAACAGAAAAACCAAACAUCAACUCUUCCACCUAGCUAUAGUAGUGUGACAUGAUUUCAUUUUCUUGUGGAAUCAUUAUCUUGAUAUUACAGUCCAGCUCCAGCUUUCUUCGCUGUUAGAAGCAUAUCUUUUAAGUGAAAUUUAAUGGAAUUAUAUUGUACGUCUCAUUUGAAGUUUACCAUUGGUGAUUUGGUAAUGCACUCGUCAGCAGAAAUAAAUCCAUGUAUUUUCCACUCUGAGUCAAUAGCA